AUGUCCGGGAAGCACUACAAGGGUCCUGAAGUCAGUUGUUGCAUCAAAUACUUCAUCUUCGGCUUCAAUGUCAUAUUUUGGUUUUUGGGAAUAACAUUUCUUGGAAUUGGACUGUGGGCGUGGAAUGAAAAAGGAGUUCUGUCCAACAUUUCUUCCAUCACCGAUCUCGGCGGCUUUGACCCAGUUUGGCUCUUCCUGGUGGUGGGAGGAGUGAUGUUCAUCUUGGGAUUCGCAGGGUGCAUCGGAGCGCUCCGGGAAAACACUUUCCUUCUCAAGUUUUUUUCUGUGUUCCUGGGGAUUAUUUUCUUCCUGGAGCUCACUGCUGGAGUUCUGGCAUUUGUUUUCAAAGACUGGAUCAAAGACCAGCUGUAUUUCUUUAUAAACAACAACAUCAGAGCAUACAGGGAUGACAUUGAUUUGCAAAACCUCAUAGACUUCACCCAGGAAUAUUGGCAGUGCUGUGGGGCUUUUGGAGCUGAUGAUUGGAACCUAAAUAUUUACUUCAAUUGCACAGAUUCCAAUGCAAGUCGAGAGCGAUGCGGCGUGCCCUUCUCCUGCUGCACUAAAGACCCCGCGGAAGAUGUCAUCAACACACAGUGCGGCUAUGAUGCCAGGCAGAAACCAGAAGUCGACCAGCAGAUCGUGAUCUACACGAAAGGCUGUGUGCCCCAGUUCGAGAAGUGGCUGCAGGACAAUUUAACCAUCGUGGCUGGUAUUUUCAUAGGCAUUGCCUUGCUGCAGAUUUUUGGGAUAUGCCUGGCCCAGAAUUUGGUCAGUGACAUUGAAGCUGUCAGGGCUAGCUGGUAGACGCUGUCACAGCUGCUGCAAGACACUGGACACGCCCAGCCUUCGCCACCCUCCCACGUGCCCAGCUGACAGCCGAGC